ACGUCCCGCCUGCCAAGGACCCGUGCGCGGCGUGCGGGAGGCUAGUCCUGCGCCGGCGGCUGGUCCUGCGCUGGCUGGCGGUGUAGGCCCUGGGAGCGCGGUGGCCGGUGCUCGGCCAUGGCGCUGUGGGCUGUGCUGUCCGCGCUGAGCCCGAUCCGCGCUGUUUGGUUCACACUGGGUGCCUCUUUCCUGCUGAACGUGCUGCUGCAGCUUGUGCCGCCUAGCUCGCUCCCCAGCUUUGCUCUCCUCCAGGACUUGAUCCGCUAUGGGAAAACCAAGUAUGGAGGGCCACCACGCCCAGCUGUGUGCCGGCGCUUUGACGUCCCCAAGAGGUACUUCUCUCACUUCUAUAUCGUCUCCGUGCUGUGGAACGGCUUCCUGCUGUGGUGCCUGAUACAGUUUCUGUUCCUGGGAGCACCUCUUCCACACUGGCUCCACACGCUACUCAGCAUUCUCGGGCCUACGCAGGCCCAAGGGGGGGAGCUGGCGCUGUCUGCGUUCCUCGUGUUGGUGCUCCUGUGGCUGCACAGCUGGCGCAGGCUCUUCGAGUGCCUCUUUGUCAGCGUCUUCUCCAGCAGCGUGAUCCACGUCGUGCAGUACUGCUUUGGACUCGCCUACUACGUCUUCCUCGGCUUAACGGUGCUGAGCCAGGUGCCAGUGGACAGCAGGGAUGGGAAAAACCUCUUGAUGCAAACUCGGUGGUUCCAUAUCUUCGGGGUGAUGAUGUUCAUCUGGUCAUCUGUCCAUCAGUAUAGGAGCCACGCCAUUCUCGGCAAUCUCAGGAAAAAUAAAGCAGGAGCGGUCGUUCACUGCAACUACCAAAUCCCUUUUGGAGACUGGUUCGAGUACGUGUCCUCCCCUAACUACUUGGCAGAGCUCAUGAUCUACGUGUCCAUGGCGGUCGUCUUCGGGUUCCGCAACUUAACGUGGUGGCUGGUGGUGACGUACAUCUUCUUCUGCCAGGCCCUGUCGGCUCUCCUCAGCCACCGGUUUUACCAAAGCAAGUUUGUCUCCUACCCAAAGCACAGGAAAGCUUACCUCCCGUUUGUGUUCUGAGGCCUCCUGGGUCGUGAAGAGUGAAGGCCGUGCGACAGGUUCAGUUACAUUAAGGGCAACAAAGUCUGGAGACCAGUCGGUUGCCGCAGAGCUGUUUGAAACUCUCUCUGUUCACACCAAAGAGUCUUCACCGAAUGAGCAAAGCAGUACCGUUCCAGAAAAUGAAACUUCAAAGAGCUCCUUCUGGCAGACCUUUUAUGCAGCUUUCUGAGGUGCUAUGUAAAAGCAGCCAAUUGCUGCAAACUGGGUGCGACUUCUCAAAGCUGCUUCAAAGCAGACGAACCAGAACUAUGCACCCAGCUUCCAAUGUAUCCAUACGCACACACGGGAAGAGACCAGAUCCUCUGUGGCUUUGUUUUCGUGAGGGACAAAUUAACUGGGCUUCAUAAUAAGAAAUAAUAAUAGAUGUCAGUAACUGUUCCCUUUCAAUAAAAACAGAAUAGCUUUUGAAAAUAACAAUGCAAGUUCUGGCCAAGAUGGAGGUGCAGGUAGAAACCCUUUGCUUCCUCCCACAACCAAAAGGAGGAUAACAACCAAUCUAAAAUCAAUAAACAACCAGAAGUGCCAGAAAAUUGAACUGCAUGGAACUCUAACAACCAAGGAAUUAAAGAACCAGGCAAAGAGAACAACUAGACCAGUAAGAGGGGCAGACCAAGAGAACCCACAGAGACGUGGCAGACCAUGCAGGAGGAGCUGUCUAAGAGAAACCGAGGCAAGCUGUGGGAGGGGCAGGCUGAACAAGAAACUGAGACUUAGAGCUGACAGUGGACUAUAGCAGUUGCUGCGGUGGGAGAAACUCCCAGUCUCACACAAGGGUUGGUUGGAAAGUGGACCAGAGUGGAGCAGGCAAGCUGCAUUGUUCCCUCUCUGGCCCCUCCCCCACAGGAAGCACAGCAGCACAGCAGAGGCUUGCACCGCCCUGGUGAUACCUAAGGCCCCGCCCCCUUAUGACUUAUCAGGUGCACUGAGACAAAGCAAUAGGGCCCAAAUGAAAGAACAGAGCAAAACUUCAGAAAAAGAGCCAAGCGAUGAGGAGAUAGCCAGCCUAUCUGAUGGAGAAUUUUAAGCUCUGGUAAUUAAAAUGCUCAUGGAACUGACUGAGCUUGGUUGCAAAAUGAAAGAGCAAAUGAAAGCUACCCAAAGUGAAAGAAAGCAGAAUGUUCAGGGAAUCAACAGUGAUAGUCAGGAAACCAGGACUCAAAUCAAUGACUUGGAACAAAAGGAAGAAAUAAUCACCCAACCAGAACAGAAUGAAGAAACAAGAAUUCAGAAAAAUGAAGAGAGGCUUGGGAACCUCUGGGACAACUUGGAACAUUCCAAUAUCCAAAUUAUAGGGGUGCCAGAGGAGAACAAGAGCAAGAAAUGAAAAACUUAUUUGAACAAAUAAUGAAGGAGAACUUCCCAGUCUGGCAAAGGAAAUAGACUUUCAGGAAAUCCAGGAAACCCAGAGAGUCCCAAAGAAGUUGGACCCAAGGAGGAACACAUCAAGACACAUCAUCAUUAAGUUACCCAAGAUUAAAGAUAAAGAGAAUCUUAAAAGCAGCAGGAGGAAAGGAGAGCGUUACCUACAAAGGAGUUCCCAUCAGACUGUCAGCUGAUUUCUCUAAAGAAACCUUGCAGGCCAGAAGGGGCUGGAAAGAAGUAUUUGAAGUUGUGAAAGGCAAGGAUCUACAUCCAAGAUUACUCUGUCCAGCAAAGCUUUCAUUUAGAAUGGGAGGGCAGAUAAAGUGCUUCCUAGAUAGAGUCAAGUUAAAGGAGUUCACUAAGCAAACAACUAGAACAGAAACAGAAUCAGAGAAAUGGAGAUCACAUAGAGGGUUUUUAGUGGGUAGGGGGAGAGGAGGAAUAGGGGGAAAAGGUGUGGGGAAUAAGCAUAAUUGAUAGGCAUAAAAUAGGAAGAGGUCAAAAAUGGUAUAGGAAACUAGAAUUCAAAGAACUUUCAAGUAUGACCCAUGGGCAUGAGCUAAAGGGGAAUGCUGGAGGGUUGAGGGGUGCAGGGCAGAGGGGGAGUAGAGGAGGAAAAACUGGGAAAGCUGUAAUAGCACAAUCAAUAAAAUAUACUUCAAAAAAGAAAAAGUAACAAUGCAUAAUUUCACACCAAAGGAUACAGCAAAUAAUGUGUCUGUUGGGGUUAAUUUGUACUUUCACAUAUCACCACAAAGGUUUCUAGUUACGAAGCCACCACUACUCACUUCCACUCGUCUACCCCUCAUAUAGCGCAGCAGAAAGUUGUAAACCUCUUCUACUUAAUACUUUUUUGACACACCUUAAAAAUAAAAGCAU